AUGUCGGAAGCUGCACGACGAUCAAAUGGAGCUUCGCCAGUCAAAAUGACGGAACCACUAGAAGCCGACAAGGACAAAGUCUCCCCAGAAAACACUGCGCCCAAAACCCAUUCACCCUCCAAGAGCAAGCCCGAUGCGACCAAUUCCGAGGCGUCCGCAAAACCGCCAAAAAAGCGUAGAAAAGUAAAUCAUGCAUGCAUCUACUGCAGACGUUCGCACAUGACCUGUGACCUCGAGCGACCAUGCACACGCUGUGUCAAGCGCAAUAUUGGACACCUAUGUCACGAUGAGCCGCGUGAGGGUGUUAAAAAGUCAAAGUCCGAGCCAGAGAAUGGCGAUGGACAGAGUCAGCCCACUCAGGUCGAAUCAACUUCCUCCGAUGCCGCAUCGACGGCCGCUCCUCCAGUUCCGGACGCAGCGCUAAACCUGGCGCCUCACCCAGUACCUCCUAAUAGGGAUGCCAGCACUACUCAGCCUUUCUUGGGCUACGAUGGUUUGCUGUCCUCGUCUCAGAACAACCUUCAGGACAUGCAGUUCCACCCCUCAUAUAUGUUCAACACCUCCGAAGUCAGUAAUGAGUAUAAUCUCCUCAACGACUUUCUCAACAACAGCCUCAUGGACGACGGUGCAUUUUACGGAGGCAAUGACUUCCACAGCCUCUUUUCCGAUGCCUCACUCAUGAAUCAGAUGGGCUCUCUGAACAGCAACUCUGCCUUUACCUCGAACGCGUCAAGACCGUCGCAAUUACUUCCACCUCCCGCGCAAAGUGUCGGUGGUCAUGCUGCAUCACGGCAAACAGGCGGCGUCCCUACUGACAAGGCAAGAGAGAGAUACCUUGUCACGGCCGCUGAUCCUGCUGGAUCAGACAGUCCUGAAGAGCGCAUGAACAAGCUACUCAAGGCCAAGGUCGACGCAGGGCUGCUGAAGCCCUUCAACUAUGUAAAAGGUUAUGCACGACUAAACCAGUACAUGGAGCAGAACCUGCAACAGGCAUCUCGCAUCCGAGUACUGCGCCAACUGGAUCGCUUCCGACCCAAGUUCCGAGAGCGAAUGCAGAGUCUGACAGAUGUGGAUCUAGUACGCAUUGAGAUGUGGUUUGACAAGAGCUUGAUGGAGUACGACCGUGUCUUCGCAAGCAUGGCUAUACCUGCAUGUUGCUGGAGAAGAACAGGCGAGAUAUAUCGCGGCAACAAGGAGAUGGCGCGACUCAUCCACGUACCGAUGUCAAAGUUGCGAGACGGUAAUAUCGCUCUGCACGAGAUCAUCGCUGAGCCAUCACUCGUUUCCUACUGGGAGAAAUUUGGCGCCAUCGCAUUCGACCAUACUCAAAAAGCUAUCCUGACGAGCUGCUCCUUGAAGAACCCCGACCCGCACUCUAAGGAUCCUGAGAUACGUUGCUGCUUUUCUUUUACUGUCAAGCGCGAUGCUUGGAAUAUACCGGCGUUGAUCGUGGGCAACUUUCUUCCCAUCACCGAGGCCACAUCGGGGUCGCUACCGGCGUCUUGA